AUGGGAGACAGAGGUCAAGAGAGUGCAACGCUCGCCCAUGAAGACUACACCGUCGGAUGGGUGUGCGCUCUGCCCAAGGAGAUCGUGGCAGCGAAAGCAAUGCUUGAUCAAGUGCAUCCUCCCCUUCCACAGCCUCCGCAUGAUUCAAAUAAUUAUACCCUCGGUCGUGUUGGAAGUCAUAAUGUCGUCAUCGCCUGUUUGCCGCUUGGAGAGUUAGGGAAUAACUCAUCCGCAUCUGUUGCCACACGGUUGAAUUCUACAUUCCCAGGUAUUAAAUUCGGGAUCAUGGUUGGGAUUGGAGGCGGGGUUCCUCCUUCGGUCAGACUGGGCGAUGUGGUGGUGAGCGCACCUAGCAACGAGUUUGGCGGGGUGGUACAGUGGGAUUUCGGCAAGACUGAGCAAGGGACUGGGUUCAGACGGACAGGAUCACUGAAUAGUCCCCCGACUAUUCUAAAGACUGCACUCUCGAUGCUUCAAGCCAAGCAUGAGAUGGAAGGGUCGGUAGUUCCGAAGUUCCUUGAAGAAGUUGAACGAAAGUGGCCAAUGUUAGUACCGAGAUACACACGACGAGAGAACCUGGAAGAUAUGCUGUUUCCAGCAGAUUUCCAGCAUGUCAUAAUUCAAGAUGCAGGGGAAGGGCAGAGCCACUGUUCAGGCUGUGAUCGCAGCAAACUUCUGCAACGAAAACAUCGUGAUAUGCGAAUCCACUACGGUCUCAUCGCCUCUGGCAAUCAAGUGGUCAAGGACGGAAUAUUUCGGGAUCAGAUAAACUCCAGGUUUGGUGGAAAUGUGCUGUGCUUCGAGAUGGAAGCUGCUGGCUUGAUGAAUGAGUUUCGGUGUGUGGUGGUACGAGGAAUUUGUGAUUAUGCCGAUUCACAUAAACCCAAACACUGGCAGGAGUAUGCUGCCGCAGUAGCCGCAGCGACGGCUAAAGAGAUACUCCUCAUGGUCCCGAAAUGGGACGUAUUGACAAUGGCUCCCAUGGCAAUACCGAACCAUCGCAGAAACACAAAUCUUGAUACUGCUAGUUUAAAGGGCAAAGGCAAGGAAGACUUGAUUUCUCUGCUUCCAGGACCGGAACUUACAGUGGGGACAAUAGGUGCCUCACGGCGCAUUGAACACCAAGAACCGUUACGAAAGAUCUCAGAUCUCGAUGGGACGGCUGGCUAUGACAGAGCCCUUGGCAAGGGCUUGAUCAUUAGUAUCGAUUUUGGAACAACAUAUUCAGGUGUUUCAUGGGCAACAGUAGCCGACUUCAAGCACGAGAGUAUUAAUGUCAUCACCAAAUGGCCUGGGAGUGACAGCGAACGAGUCAAAGUGCCCACUAAGCUGUGUUAUGAGUACUCAGAAAUCCUAUGGGGAUUUCAGGUCCCGAGCGAUGCGGAUUCAUUACAAUACUUAAAGCUCCUUUUACUACAAGAUGACGACAUACAAGACGAACUCCGAGAGUCAAUGGAGUUUGGUCGUACCAAGAGGACACUGCGCGAGAAUGGGAUCACGGCCGAGGAUUGCAUUGCAGAUUAUCUGCGCGCGAUUUGGAAACAUACCCUUGAGACUAUUCGCCAAGCACGGCCUAAGUACGGGAUUGAUGCUCUAAAGUUUCAUGCGGUCCUUACCGUGCCCAUCACUUGGAAGGAAUAUGCCCGAAACGCCAUGAAAAGGGCUGCCAGCAAGGCGGGGAUACUCGAUUACCGCAUAGCCGGUCCGACCUCCCUGACCGUUGUCCCCGAGCCCGAGGCGGCCGGGCUGGCAGCAUUAGUUGAUCGUGGGUCCUACGUCGAAGCUGGUAAUGUGUUCGUGGUUUGCGAUGCCGGAGGCGGUUUGUGUGGUGGCAUCUUCAUCGACGAAGCCUUCAUAUUACAAUGCAAGAAUCGCAUUGGCCGCAACUGGUCCCACUACAGGGCGGCUGAUAUCGUGAAUAUCCUGACAAAGGAAUGGGAGUACGGUAUCAAGCCUCGGUAUGCUGAAAGGAACGGCCCCGAUAGCUAUCCACUAUUUAUUAUGCAGCCUCCGUUACCAGACCUCAAGAUGAAUGAUGUAUCCCGCAAGCCCCAUAUCAAGCACAAGUAUAUCUACUUUUCUGGAUCAGACAUUCGCAAAGCAUUUCAUGCCAGAGCUGUUCCUGGCCUCCUGAAGUUGGUGGACACUCAGCUUAGUAAGGCUCGCAACAAAGGACUCAAUGUGACGGGGAUCCUUCUUGCCGGAGGCCUGGGGUCCAGCCCCCAUAUACAUGAGUGCCUCGAGGCCAAGUAUUCCAAUCGCGGAAUUGACAUUCAUCAGUCGGCUGCCACCGGAGCGUAA